GGAAAUUUUAUGUGAUACUCCAAUGCAGUAAUAUCAGAUACAUCAUUGGCAACAUAUCACCAUAUUUUAUUGUAUUGUAAAUUAAGAUCAAGUAACAACUUGAAGUCAUUAGAUCACACUUUUAAUUUUCAAAAAUGACUUAAAUAAACAAAAAGCAAUAUGUACGACCAAUAAAUAUCUGCACACACAUUGAAAGUACCAUGCAUAUGUUUAAUGUUGAUCUAUUAUGACUGAAUGUGUAAUUUGAAUGUAUGAGUAUACAGAAUUUUCCAUGUCUUUUUAUAAUGAAUGCAUAUUUGUGAUACAUGUGGUAAAAACUUCAAAAGAAAUUGGAAUUUAACAAGACACAUUAAGAUACACGAUUCAGCAGAUAACCAGCCAAAUCAUGUUAACCAGUUGUAUAAAUGUGAGAAAAAUAAUUAUGGAGCGGAAUUUACAACAAAUACUGGUCUGUGGCUACACAAAAGGAGGGAACACCUGCAUAAAGUUGAGAUUGGGCUAAAUAUGCGUCCACUGUGUGACAAGAUAUUUGGACAGAAAAUCCAUCUUCAGGCACAUAUGGCAUGUCACUCGGAGGAAAGAAAGUUUUUAUGUACUCGUUGUAGUAAAUCAAUGAAGCACCAAAGGAGCUUAAAAAGACAUUAUGUGAGAUGUAAAGGUAUUCAAGAGAACAAACAGUUCGCAUGCAGUGUUUGUAAGAAGGGAGUUUCAAUCCAAGAAAUAUCUCAAGGUACAUUGCAAAUAUGCACACCAAAAACCUGUCUUCCAAUGUGACAGUUGUGGCGAAAUCUUUAAGUGGCAAUCAAACUACACCCGCCAUACAGCUAAAGGUGGAUGUCCUGGAAAGAAGACGGAUAAUACAGUUAAUGCAGUUUAAUUUCACUAAAUGACAUUUUUGUUAUUUUAUAUCUCAUAUUUAUUUGUUAUUAUACAGAUUAAUGUUAAGUAUUUACAUUA